AGAUUCAUCUGCAUUUAUCCAGCAUAUUUGAAUAACAAGAAGACAAUAGCAGAAGGAAGAAGGAUACCUAUAGACAAAGCUGUUGAAAAUCCCACAUCUACGGAAAUCCAAGAUGUAUGUGCAGCGGUUGGAUUCAAUGUGCUAUUAGAGAAAAAUAAGAUGUAUCCUAGAGAGUGGAACAGAGAUGUGCAGUACAGAGGUAGAGUACGAGUCCAGCUCAAGCAAGAUGAUGGCAACCCAUGUUUACCUCAGUUUCCAACACGUAAAUCAGUGAUGCUGUAUGCUGCAGAAACCAUUCCCAAACUCAAAACAAGAACCCAAAAGAUGGGAGGUAGUGAUCAAAGUCUUCAGCAAGGAGAGGGAGGCAAGAAAGGUAAAGGGAAGAAAAAGAAAUGAGCUUGCAUCUGGAGCAUCGCAUAGUUGUGCUUAGGACAAAUAUGGAUGGACACAUUAUUUGCUGCAACUUUGAAGUGAAAGAUACAAGCAAGAAAUAAAUGGGUGAUGAUGAAUUGAACUGCCUGCUUUUUUCAGAACUUGAAUGCAUGUAGCUGCCUUGCCUCUGUGUAACAAUACAUCCGUCUUCACACA